CUGUAAGUCUCUAAUAGUUAAGCUAAAGGUAGUUAUUAGGAUUUCUCAAAGGUUGAUAUAAUAGGAGUGCGUUUAAUGAAAUUGCUAUUCUUGCAAUAUGAAAUUUCUACUGGCACUAGUCCUGUGUUCCUCGGCUAUUUUCGGCUUUAUUAACGGUCAGAGACAGGCGCCAAUCGUACUUUACUAUAUUCAGCAUGCUGAGACCAAGUUAUUCAUUGGCCAAGACGCAAAGCUAGGAAAAAGCCGUAACAUGUGGGGUUUUCGUCAUUUGGAAGGUCAAACCUUUGGGAGACUCGCCAGUUAUGACACAGGAAAAGUCCUAGAUAUUAGCGGGGGUUGUUGGGGUACCAAAAUAGGAACCUACAGAGACAACCAAGCAGAAAACCAGAAGUUCUAUUUUUAUGAAGACGGUACCAUUCGGUCCAAAUGUGACACAAAUAAGGUCAUAGCUCCGGACAAAGAUAAGCGGGGGCUCAUCUUGGAAACUUUUGAAAGGUCCAAACUGGCUCGUUAUGUGUUCAAGAGGUUCAGGCCUGGAGUUGACAGACCGGAUGAAUGAGAACUUGUCACAAUUGGUUGAUGUACUUUGAAAUGGAAUGUCUCAAAGCUC